GAAAGUUUAAAUUUAUCUGUUUCAGCUCUGUUCGGUUUUGCGACAUGUUAAAUAUCCGAUUCAAAAUGGGACCAUCAUCAACCAGAAAUAAGGAAUGGACAUGUUGCUUCGGGCUUCACGUUCGUACAACAACUAUUAUCAUCGGUGUAUGGCAUUUGUUUUUAAACGUUUUGGCGCUUGGAAUAUUAUCAGUAAUCAUUCGUACCAACAACUAUCACCUGUUGCUUGAUGAUAUGGGCGACAGUGAAGAAAAUGAAAACGAACCUUUUGCUCCAAUACUUCCAACGCCGCUGAGUAAAGUAGAUCCGCCUUAUGCCUAUCGUGAUCAUUUCCAGCAAACAGGCCUCCACAGCAAUGAUGUUGACAUGAGCGGUUUGGUUUUUCUGUGUAUGAUUGCAGUUACUUUGAUGUUGAUUUACGGAGCUUUCAAAGGGAAACCUUCUCAUUUGUUGCCAUUUUUCUGUCUUCAGAUAUUUGAUUUCGCAAUUUCCACUCUUACUGCAGCAGGACAUCUUUGUUACAUAAGAUCAAUGCAUCUAUGGAUUACAGAAAGUCAAAAUCGAUUGCCCUGGCGCGAAGAACUUCUUAAAUUGAGUCCACAAACUUUAUCAGUACUUAUGCUUAUUGGUUUCAUAUUGUUCAUAUUCCUCAAAGCAUAUGCAAUUGGAAUUGUUUGGCGCUGUUACAAAUACCUUACGUUCAGGCAGCACAAUUUACUGACGAUGCUCCCCUACAUUAUACCGGAUACGACUGAUACAACCAACUUGCGCCAGGAACGCGAUAAUAAUUCACUUCUCCCUGACUAUGAUGAAGCCAUGGCUCAAGCUUUGAAACAAGCACCUCCACCAUCAUACGUUGUAGCGAUGGCUAUGACAAAUAAAUCCGAUGAAACCUCGCACACCUCUGCCAACGGGGAAACCACUGUUUCAAAUAACGUCGAACCGCCGCCAUACAAUUCUAUGGAUAAUGACAAUCAGGAAAGACAUGACUUGGCAUCCGAUGAAAGUUUUGGUGCAGUAGUAAUAAUUGAACCUUCAACCAGCAACGCUAGCAGUAGCGUCCAGCAUAAUGCAAAUAGUCAAAAGUAGAAUGAGUGUUACAACAAAAAGCGCUACCCGCAAAUAUCUUGCUGAUUAUUUAAAUACAGGAGAAAUUAAUAUAUGUAUGUCUCCUGGAAUAAUGAAAUUUUACUAUCGACUAUAAGAUAACAUACUAUUACAAAUUAAAAUAAUCACUGUUGCAAACCGGUUGAAACAUAAACUUUAAGAAUAUCUAAUUUACCAUUGUCAUUAGAAUUAUUAACGGGCUUACAUCAAGAAUCAAUUGGAAAAAUGUUUUUAUUAAGUAAAUCAACCACAAAGAA